ACUUUGCUGGAGUAUUAGACAUUAAGCGUAGACCACAUUUAAUUCUAAAUCCUUCUACCAUUGUUUUAAUAUCUAAUAAGGCAAAUCCUCCAUCUGCCUUUUUUCCAAUUAUAGUUUUAAAACUAAUUGCGGGGUGUUUUCCGCGCCAUACAAAUGCAUUUGCGAUCUUUUGCAGUUCAUUUAAGCUGGUUGAGUGGACUGUGAUGAGGGAGAGACGGUAGACGAUACAACUAAUGAGGGAAGGCCACCGACUGAUCCCUCGCUUUUGAGCUGAAACUUAGUUGACAAGGGGUAAUCGAACAUGCUGAUUCCGAAUAUCAUAAUGGUUUUUGCCCGCUUUCACCUUAAGGCCUCGUUUUUCAAAGAUCUUGGUUUUUAGGCCGAAAAAUCAUUUGUACCAAAAAUUCUUUUUAAUCUGUCCAUAUGAAAGAGCAGAUCGCAAAACCAACAAAAAACAUCUUUUCAAUGCUCUUUGUGAGAUUUUGAGCGAGUUUUUUAGGCCGAGAACUAAAAAAGACAGCGAAAAACCGGUUUUCUCCGUACACAUUUCCGUACAGAAAAUUCGUGUUUUUUUUCUUUUCGUUCUGUUUUUUAACUCAUCAAACGCAUUCAGUACUUGUUUGUGGCAUACAUGACACAAUCAGCGUCGAUAGAUUGUGAUAGAAAAGAAAGCGAUGUCCGAAAUGCAGUUAAAAGAUAAUAUUCGAGGAAUGAAAGAUGAAUGAUUCAGUACAUUGAACCGAUAGCAUAAUACGCUUGAGAAGAAUAGUUUCUAAAACUAUUUGUAAACUUUAUUCUCACAUCGAAGUGUGAGUUGAAUAUAAAACAGUCAACGCGAAAUGCGGUACUGAAAUGCAAGAAGUAUCCGUUCAGUUAAACGAUCUCUUACAAUUUCACCUGAAAAUAAAACGAACGCACAGAAUAUCGUCUCAACUUUGAGUGAUUUAGUUUCUCGUGAGUUAUCCAAUAAAGAACCGUCUCCAGUUACGUCACAGGAGCGGCAAAUGGCUGAAUAUCUUGCCGAUACAGUAAAACUUAUGGUCAGCGGACAGAAGGUUGAUUAUGACGAAGAAACAACUAUAGAUUUUGCUGGAUUUACAGACGAAGAAGAUAGUGAGGAUGAAGAACAGCAUGAAGAGAAAGAAGUGGACGAGAACUGGACGAACAAAGAAUUAGUGUUAGAAAAAUACGAUUUAAAAAGUUUUUCAGAGGAUUUUAUGCGUCAAGUAAUUGAUUCCGUUGAUCAUCCGGGACCUGGAAACUCGGAAUGUUUUAUAUAUCGAAGAUACGAUGUUACGAUCAACAUUCAAACACGUAAACCGGAUGGUGAUUCCCGCCCAUCCGGUAGUCAACAACAUCAGCCGUUAAGCGGUAGCGGGAUCAGCGCACCGUCACCAUCGACGUCUCAAACAACGAAAAAAACAAUAACAAUCAGUCCAUUGUCAAACCCAUCCGGUAGUCAACAACAUCAGCCGUUAAGCGGUAGCGGGAUCAGCGGUGACGUUUUUGGUCCUGGCAAUCAUUUACCGGACUAUUCACAAGGUUUUCAGUACGCAGGCUGA